AUGGAUAUUAUUGACGAUAAUGCUACACCGGAGAAAAUACCAAAUGUUAGUUAUUAUAAUAAUUAUCAUGUCAUGCUUGGUUCUGGUGAUAGUUUUGGUGGUGAUUCUGGUGGUAGUUCUAGUGGUAAUUCUGAUGGUAAUUCUGGUAGUUACUCUGGUGGUAGAUUAGGCAGUAAUCCUAAUAUUGAUUCUGAUGUCAGCUCUGAUGGUAAUUUGGGUGAUAUAAAAAAUAUACAAGCAUUUAUUGAUACAAUUGAAAACAAAUUAAAAUCUAAAAAUGAGCACUUAACUCCAGGAUAUAAAAUCUGA